UUGAGGUCAGAGAACGCGAUGAAUUGAACAUUCUAACUAAAUUAAACUUGCACUGACACUCUGUCCAGCAAGAAAUGGACCAUUAAUCUAUCGAAUCGCCUUUACUUUGAAAAGAGACAUUUGGAAUCAUUUAAACAUUCUCGUGUCUCCUGUGUACUGAUAAGAACCUUUUCUUUCCUUGACAAAUGAAAAUAGAGGCCUGUUUGUCCGCGCUUUCGUGUGAGUAGUAAAUUCCAAAUUUUAAUUAGAAAUGUGUUUUGUGUAAGCCAAUGAUUGAAUCGCAGAGCAAGAGUCGCUUCAUCAACAAAAUGGUAUUCCCCUGAAAACAAACCAGUUGAAUUGAGAUUAAUUGUUUGACGAAGACAGUUCAUUUGCAAUUCAAAGUACACGGAAUUUUCAUGACAUGAAUUACCGUAGAAGAAGAUAACAUUAGGAAAGCCAAGAAAGAGAGAAGAAUUAUUUAAACGAGACAACAGGCCAGUAAACAAAACCGAAAAUCAUAACAUCGAAAACUGCCUGGAGGAACAACUUGUCUAUGCAAGUUUAUUAAUCUACAAAAUCGCUUUGCAACGACGAAGAAAACCCGUAGUAGAUUGAAGUUCGUGCGUAACUUUCUGUUUUUUUAUCGUUAACUACAGGAUACAAGAGAAAAUUUAUACCAUUGGACAAAAGGCGAUGGAAUAAAAUAAUACCUCGUGUUGGAUGAGAUAUGAGUUUUAAAAAGACUUGAUGGGUUCUGUGGCUUCACUAGUAUUACUUUGAAGUCAUCUUGACAUCACACGCAACGCAGCCACGGAAAAAAAGAAAAACUGCAGUCUGGAGACCUUCCGCUAACAAAAACUUCAACUUUCAUCCAAACAAGUGAACAGACAUGGAAAUGAAAAGGAAGACAAGAACACUUUUUCUGCGAGUUGCCAUGUUAAUAGUGUACCUCACAUCGGGUGCGGCGAUAUUUUCGGCACUAGAGCACGAUGGGCAAUCAACUGGUUCCCACUUUGCAAAGAAAAUCGAUCAGUUAAAGGAGAAUAUGACGCAAAGAUUUAACGAAACCAUGGAUGUCAUAGACCUAUAUAUUGCGGAGCUUCGUUUUCUGUUUGAAAAGGCGCACAGAUGCAAGUACAGUCACAACGACUGGAGUUAUUAUCAGUCAUUGUACUUUGUUGGAAGUGUAACAACUACAAUUGGAUAUGGACACCUGGCACCCAAAACACAAGAAGGUCGACUGUUUCUAAUCUUUUUUGCUCUCUUUGGCAUUCCAUUGAAUCUACUGACCCUACAAUCCAUUGGUGAACACAUCAAUUAUGGCAUUCAUCUGCUGAUUAAAUACUUCGAAAAGGCUGCGUUUGAGCGAGAAUUACCAACACAAGAGCAUAUUAAAUGCUUUGCCAUAAAUACCCUUCUCAUUACGCUCUGGAUUCCACUUGGAGGAAUCAUGUAUUACUACUCUGAGCGAGAAUUCGGCUGGACUUACCUAGACUGCGUUUAUUAUUGUUUCGUCGCGCUAAGCACGAUUGGCUUCGGGGAUCUGGUACCGAAUGAAGGUAAAGAGCCAGACUCGCCUUACGAACGAGGCAUGUGGAUAGUACGUGUAAUGUACUUGGCCCUAGGCCUCUCGCUGUUAUCAAGUGUUUUCACUUCCGUUUUGAGCGCAGCGAAGGAAAUCCAAAGUGUAAUACCGUGUAAACGAGGAACGUAUCAGCUGAAUACAACAAAGUCGCACACAGAACUGAGAGAGAUUUUCAAAUUUUCAAAGGAUUAUUCUUCAACUGCAGGGGUGGAAAAUCAAACACCGUCAAACCUUGGAAGAGAUUUCAAGUUCGAAAGAGAUAGGCCUUCUAUAAAGUCCUACAGCAAUUCUACCAUAAGCACAAGUAUCGAAGAACUGAAUUUCCCUGAUAAUUACUACAGCAAAGAACGUCCGAAUACAGUUGAACAUAGAAACGAAACGGAAACUUGGUCGCGUGAAGAUAGAUCCAGCAAAGAAAAUUGCGAUAAGUUAGGGAAAAAAACAAGUGAGAAUAUGAAAUAGAGAAAAUAAUGAGAUAAUGAACACUUUACCUCCUUGGCGGAUGUAGAGUACUUCAAUUAAAUAUUAGACAUAUUUUAAAUUAAUUGAAAGUAAAUAAAUUUGAUUUAUAAA